GUAGAAUCUGCUCUAGUCUAGCUUGAGUUACUGCUGCUGCUCCACUGAACAAGUUAUGGAUGGAGUUAGCAGAAGUUACUGGCCCUUCCUCCAGCGCAUACUGUAACCCACGGGGCGGGCCGAGGGAGGGAGGGGGCUUUUCUGGCACAGAUAUACAGCCGUAGGGCUUUUUGGCACAAAUAUAUGGCCAUAGGGCUGCUGCCCCUAAGCCUCGCUCAGCCGUUCAGCAGAAAAGCCCCUCACUCCUCCCCCCAACCAAGCUUUUUUAUCCCGCCUACUGUAACUGCUUUUUCAACAGAAGACAUGAAGAAAAGCCCGCAGCACUUGUUUCCUGUGUGGAGAGGGUCUGGCGUGGGCCCAGGUUGGGGCUGGCCUCGCUAUAUAGGAUGGGAGGCCGGCGAAGGGGAGGCUGAGCCGUGGGGCUUUGACUGCCCCGUCUGGUGCGUGCUGUGCAGUGGAGGGAGGGAGCGACUGAAGCAGGCCUGCCAGAGAGGGAGGGGUGUGCUCCGGCUGCCUGCAGACAUGCUGCGAAUCAAACUACCCCGCCUGUUUGACAACCACCAGGUGCCUAAGGUAUUUCGGGAAGACAGCAUCAUAUCUGGCUACCGGCACCCUCAAAGCUCCGCCCUGGACUGCAUCCUCAGCAGCUUUCAGAUGACCAAUGAAACUGUCAAUAUCUGGACCCACUUCCUCCCAACCUGGUAUUUCCUGUGGCGUUUCUGCGUGCUGUGUUCAACAGAGAACUUCCUGACCGAGAGCUACACGUGGCCACUGCUAGUCUACAUGCUACUGAUCUGCCUGUACCCGUUCACCUCCAGCUGUGCACACACCUUCAGCACCAUGUCCCCAGAGGCCCGCCAUAUCUGCUACUUCUUCGACUAUGGAGCCCUCAGCCUUUACAGCCUGGGUUGUGCUAUCACAUACGGUUCCUACGUGAUGCCCGAAAGUUGGGUCAACAGUUGGCUCCACCAGCAUUUUGUGUCCAUCGCCAUCGCUAACACGAUCUUCUGCACCAGCAUGUCCUGCUACUCCAGAUUUCUAGAACUGCAAUUUCCACACAGGAGUAAAAUCCUGCGGACAAGCGCCUUCGUUGUACCAUUUAUCUUUGAUAACAUCCCCCUUUUCUACAGACUGCUGCUGUGUUUCAGCGGGAGUUGUAAUCACACUGAAGCUGUGAGCAGUCACUGUUACCACCUGCUUUUUGCCUUCCUGACGGGUUUCCUGUUCGCUUCUCACCUCCCCGAAAGACUGGCUCCUGGACGCUUUGACUACAUUGGCCACAGCCACCAGCUGUUCCACAUCUGCGCAGUAGUGGGCACCCACUUCCAGAUGGAGGCGGUGCUGGCCGAUAUGAGCUCGCGCCAGAGCUGGCUGAUGGCCCACUCGGCUGGGCCCUCCUUCCUGGGCACUCUGGGGGCUCUGGCCUUGGCCUUCCUGCUCAACCUGGGUGUCAUUGGCCUCUUCAGCGCUUGUCUGCUGCGCACGCCCAACCUCAGCACUUCAGGCUUCACCCUUCAGCCCCCAGCCACGAACAAGGACGAGUGAGGAUGCAGCGUGGAGGUGCCUGAAUCAUCGCACAAUCUGUCAGCUCACUUUCAGAGUUUAAAUAUGGUUCAGUGAACCAUUUGCAAACAACUUAGCACUUACCAUCCAGUCUACUUCACUCAGAGAUGAGUAUCUGGAUAUCUGUCACUUCUUUUUUCUUUUUUUUUUUACCUAAACCGUAUGCAUACUGUAUGUAAUGUUUUUACCUAAACCGUAUGCAUACUGUAUGUAACGUUUUUGCAUUUCGUCGCUGUCGUAACAAAACCUCGUAACUCCAUUUCAUGAUGAUUGGACCAACAGAAAUGGUUCAAACGUACUUGGAAUAAAAUCUCGUUACAUUAACGCCUGUUAAAGUUGAGGGGGAAUUCCACUGAUUUUUCACAGCGACUGUGUAGUUCAGUUGUCGAGAUGAGAAUGAGGUCAUUCAAAAAUGUUUCAUGUGUGUUUUUUUGUGAUGGUGGUGAUAGGAACCAGAGGUCGGGAUGUCUAUAGCUAUUUUAUUUACUACAAGUCAGCCUACAGUAGUGUGCAAAAG